AGAUUCCAAAAAAAAUGUAUUGUUGCCGAAGGUCAAGUAUACAAGUUUGGGUCCACAAUUCAUCAUCAGAAGAUUAAAGCAGAUCAAGUUAGGGUGACAAUUACACGUGUUCAAAAGAGUAAGAAUAAUGUACACGUGCCAUUUUCCACUUUUGAGCUUACAACAAUAGGCCAAGCAAAAGGUUCUUUCAUUCUAUGGCUUAAACAUCUUGUGUCAGAAAUUGAUGCAACAUCGCUAGAGGAACCUAAAAAUGCUAUUCAAUUUCCCUACUUGGCACAGCUAUAUGAAAUUUACAAAGAUAUGACGGAAGGCAUUAUUGUUAAAAUGCCAUUAGAGGUCAUAACUAUUGAAAGGAGAUAUGAUUUUGCAUUCAACAAGAGAGAUCUCAAGGAAUUCCUAAAUUUAAAGGAGCUAGACAUAUCAUGGACUAAAUUGAGAAUCUUGUACCUCUACAAUAUUUGUUGUGCAAUGGAAAAACAAAACACAUUUGGAUUUUUGUGCCCGAAAGCUAUGCCAAAAGCUCACAAUGUAGUACAUAGAAUGAUGACAUACAUGAUAAAUCAUAUGUCAGAUAUGAAAUUGUCAUGUUAUCUAGCACCAAUUAUUACUAGUGCACUUGAGACAUAUUAUAUGCUCACUCUUGGGGAAUGCAAGCCAAAAUCAUCGGUGAAAUGGAUUUAUCCAAAUUGCUAUAGGCAGCCAGGAAGCACAGAAUGCAAAUAUUAUAUUAUCCAUUACAUGCAUGAGAUAGUUCAAAUUGGGACUACAGAAAGAUUACAAGAAAUAUUUUAUUUUUUAUUUUAAUUUAAAUUCUUAUAUUUA